AUGUCUCGACUUGCCAGACUGUCUGGACUGGUGCGGUCACAGGUGUUUACCAAAGUCGCCAUCCUCGGCGCUUGUGUGGUGCUUCUUUACUUGUCUUUUCCCUACUUCCGGGACAUCCGACACAUCGAUCAAUACUUUGAUUCUGCGGAGGAACGACCGAUCGAGGUCUUUGAUUACAAGGAUACCUUUGACGAGAAACGAUGCUUCGAUAGCGUGACUCCGGCGCCGAAUCCCAUUCCGAAAAUCGUACAUGUCGCCUGGUUCGAUAAUCCGGAGCUGACCUUUAUGACCUACUUGACGAUUCGAUCAGCCAUUGUCUCGAUCAAGCCCGACCACAUCAAUCUGCACUAUACCUCGUUGAACGAGACAAACAAAUGGUUCUUGCAAGUGCGCGACCAUGUCCGCCUUGUACAGCACGACCUGGGAAAGGAAUAUACCACACAGGUCCAAGAGAAUUGGCAGAUAAAGCAUAUCAGUGACCUCUUCCGCCUCGACACUAUUCACAAAGAGGGAGGAAUCUAUCUCGACAUGGAUGUACUCGCCCUCCGCCCAUUCGACAACCUCCUCAACAGUCAAAAGGACGUGGUCCUUGGCCACGAAGGUGCGGACCGGAGCGAACUUUGCAAUUCUGUGAUUGUCGGCCGCCCAGGCUCACAAUUCAUCCAGCGCUGGCGCAAUAGCUAUAGUGGAAACUUCUCCACCGACGACUGGAACUAUCACUCGACCAUUCUACCCAAGGAGCUUUCUGAGCAUCAUCCGGACGAGAUCUGCACACUCUCCCCUACGGCCUUCUCUUGGCCGACCUGGACCAAAAGGCAUAUUGAUUAUAUGCAUGAGUACCUCUCCGAAACAGAAGCCAAGGAGUUCGCCAAAGAAGUCGUUACAAACAAUGGCAGGCUACUUCAGAGUCAAAUGACUUAUCAUGAGUGGAGCAAGAUCGCUUCGUCUCAUUUAGAUCGGCUGGAUCCGGAAAGCGUGAUGCGGGAUGCCACGCGGUUUAAUAUACUCGCGCGUCGAUUCCUUAAUUGA